AUGGCAUCGUGGUUUGGCAACACCGCCAACGCCGAGCUGGACGGGCAGAUCGAACGGGCGACGGCGAGCUCGCUGGAGGACAUCGCGCUCAACCUCGAGAUCAGCGAUGUCAUUCGCAGCAAGACGGUGCAGCCCAAGGAGGCUAUGCGCAGCCUGAAGCGGCGCAUAGGCAACAAGAACCCCAACGUGCAGCUCGCCGCCCUGAACCUAACCGACACGUGCGUCAAGAAUGGCGGCUCGCACUUCAUGGCCGAGAUCGCCAGCAGAGAGUUCCUCGACAACCUGACCAGCAUCCUCAAGGCCAGCGCCAGCGGCUACACCGAGACCAACCACGACGUGCGCUCCAAGAUCCUCGACCUCGUCCAGAACUGGGCCUCUGCCGCCCAAGGCCGCGAGAGCCUGACCUACCUCUCCGAGACCUACCGUACACUGCAGCACGAAGGCUUCCGCUUCCCGCCGCGGCAAGAGGUCGCCGCCAGCAUGUUCGACUCCUCUGCACCGCCCGAGUGGGCUGACAGCGACGUCUGCAUGCGAUGUCGGGAAAAGUUCACCUUCACGAAUCGCAAGCACCACUGUCGGAACUGCGGGAAUGUCUUUUGUGGGACGUGUUCGAGUAAGAGCCUGCCGCUACCACACCUGGGCAUCAUGCAGCCCGUCAGGGUCGACGAUGGAUGCUACGCAAAGCUUACGGAGAAGAGUCGGGGUACACCAGGACCGCAGAGUCCAAGUGGAGGCAGUAGGAGGACGCUGUGGCAAACAUCGAACAUGAGCUCGGAAAGGAUGCAGCCGAGAGGUGCGAGAGUGACCGAGGACAGCUUCGACGCGGAUCUGAGGAGAGCGCUCGAGAUGAGCUUGGAGGACAGCAAAGGACACUCUGGAGCGGGAUAUGUGCCUCGAGAGCAGCUGCAGACCCCGAUGCCACGAACGAAUGGCGUCAGCAAGAGUGCCCCCAAGGAGGAGGAGGAGGAAGAUGCAGAUCUAAAGGCAGCGAUAGCGGCGAGUCUGAACGACGUCGAAGAGCAGAAGAAGCGACACGCGAAAGAGCUGAAGGAGCAGUCUUCGUCGUCCUCGGUCGCGCCGGCCGCACAGUACAAGCCCAACAACCAGUUCGAGCUAACACCGGUAGAGGCGGAGAACAUCAACUUGUUCGCAACACUGGUCGAUCGACUACAGCAUCAACCGCCUGGAACCAUAUUGAGGGAGCCACAGAUCCAGGAGUUGUACGAGAGUAUAGGAACACUGAGGCCGAAGCUCGCCAGGACAUAUGGGGAGACAAUGAGCAAACACGAUACACUGCUGGACCUGCACUCGAAGCUGGCGACUGUUGUGCGGUAUUAUGAUCGAAUGCUGGAAGAGCGGAUGGCGAACGCGUACAACUCUGGCCGGUACGGUGCCACACAGCCACAGCGGUCGAGUAUGUACCCCAGCAUACCGUCCGCUGCACCUGAGCAUCAAGGCGGCAUGGACAGCUACUAUACUGGCAAUGCACCUCAGAUGGACAGCUAUGGGCCGCCUCAGCAGGGGAUUGGAUACGGUGGUUAUCAGCAGCAAUCACAAGCGCCAUAUCCUUCGUUCGACAAGCAAAGAGUCAGCUCCUAUGGUCAACCGCCACCCGACGCCUCAUACUAUCAACAUCCACAGCAAGGAAUCGCUCCUCAACCGCAACAGUCGCACACUCCAUAUCCUCAGCAGCCUCCGGUUGAGCAGCAACCUCGACUACAACGACGGGAAUCAGUACAGCAUUAUUCGCAACCCUCUUCGCAGUACGCUCCCAGCCAUACAUCACAACACUCGAAUCCUCAGGUUACUUCACCUCCCGCGGACCCUGCCGCGAGUUUCUACUUUGGCGAUCAGCAGCAGCCGCCCUCUGCUCCUCCUCCACAACAACAUCAACAACCGCCGAGCCCAGAAAUGUACAGUCAGCCUCCGCCGCAGCAGCAGCAACCAUACCAGCAGCCGCCGACUCAGCAGUACCAACAAGCACCGACGUCGCAAUAUCAGCAACCAGCGCAACCACCUCUGCAACGACAAACUUCACAACCAUACUACCCACAGCAACGGCAAGCCCAACCCACCUCAGCACCGAGCCAACAAUGGCCUCAAGCGCCAGUAGUGCACGGCGGUUACGGUCAGGAAGCAUUUCCAACCGCACCGCAGCACGCCCCGCAGGUGAAAGAAGAGAGCUUGAUCGAGCUGUGA